UCUCGCAGUUUCCUUGAUGGAAGUGGAUCGUCCUAGCGGACGCAGCAAAAGACAACGGAAUACUUUAAAAGCGCAGACUUUGAACACGGAUGGGUAACAAAGGGAAGGAUCCAUAACCAUGGUGCGUGACGCACCAUCAUCUGCAAACAGCUCAUGGAGAAGGCAGCCGAAAGGAGAGUUAAGCCAAACUCAAAGAGAACGGAUGUCUGAAAGCGCAGCAUCGCAGCGGAACUGAUCAUUGUAUUGCCCAAAGAAGGAUAAGAAAAUUCAAAAAUGUAUUCCUUUGGAACGAUGAAGAGUCAAACUCCCCAGGUUGCAUCAGCCCGUCAGACCUCACAAGUUGCUCAUCAUCUGUCCCAAGGUUCAUCUGCAGUUUGGUCUGCAAACACCAUGCAACAGUGCAUGGUGAACUCAGGGGUCCAUGGGCUACAUGGAACUAAUUUCACACUGCAGAAUGGGACAAGCCAAAGCAGAAAUAUGACAAGGUUGCAGAACCCUGAUCCUACAUCAUAUAAGGGGAACUCGGAAGUCCAAGUGUCACAAAGCACCAAUCUGGCAUUCCAGAAUGAAGCAAACCAUAACAGACAGUCUAACCGCUUGCAGAGCUCUGAUCCUUCUCAUUAUAUGGGUAACUCAGGAGUCCAACCAUCACAAAGCACACAUUUUGCAUUGCAGAAAGGAGCAAACAAUAACAGACAGAUGAAAAGCUUGCGAAGCUCUGAUACUCCUCAGUACAUGGGAAACUCAGGAGUCCAAGUGUCACGGAGUUCAUAUUUUACCUCGCAGAAUGGUGGAAACGAUAGCAGACCAAUAAUGAGCUUGCAGAGCUCUGACUCUUCUGAUAUACCAUCACAGUUUAAAGAGGCUUCACAACAAAUAGAUCACAUCCUCCUUAAAAUGAUCCUUAGCCAGCCACAGUAUACAGUAAACAAAUUCCAGGAUGGAAGUGUCUCUGUGCCGACAACCUGUAUACCUGGGUCAGCCACUAUGCAAAAUCCUCUGCACUAUUCUUCAAACCAGAGUCUACAUAGUCCUGUUGACACAAAUGACACUUAUAGAAAUCCUAACACAGCUAAUUUCUGCAAUCGACCAGUGUAUUUUGAGGCAGAGAGGAAUAGGACUAGAAAUGCUUCCCUUCUUGAACAGCACAGGGCCCAGCAGGCCAUGCAUGGAACUCCAAAUGGAGAGAUGACCAAAGCUAUAUCGUCAUAUACAUCUACUACCUUGAAUGCUUAUGAGGAGAUGGUCAACACAAACAUCCCAGGAUCUGCAGCCAGUAGUAAUAAUCAGGCUCAGGGUGGUCCAACCCAGAUCCAUAGACAAAGUUUUUCUACGGGUGGAUACUCUCAAAACGUCUCGCCAAGUUGUCAGUCAUUUGGGAACAACAGUGUUGGUACUCAACGCAUGUCCUCAAAUCCACAGGGCAUGUCAGUUUCUAACAUGGGUAAGAUAUCUCGGCAACCUUCAAAUAGAUGCAGUCCUUCAUACAACAACUAUGGGGGUUUCAGAAGCAUUAAUUCAUUGAACCAGUGUGAAAUGAAAAGUUUUCAAUCAAAAAGAAUCAAGUGUUCUUUAAGCCCUGAUACUACACCUCAACAAAUGCACAGGCAAAAUAUACAUGCAGAAAGUACAAAUCAGUCCUAUGCCAGCAAACCCAAUCCUCCCUAUUGGUCACAUGUCUCUCCAACAACUAAUAAAAAUGUCCAAACUAAGAAUGUAGCUCCUUCUGAAAUGUAUAGUUUGAAUGCUAGCAAGUCUUUACCGCUUCAUUCCAGGCUGCCUGUUCCUCAAAGUGUUAUGCCAACUAAUCAGAAAAAUGGAAAUGCACAGUUUCAACAUAACACAUUACCGAAUGCCAUGAUCUCCAGCAAUGAAAGGAACAACAGUGAAGGGGGGCAAGUAAUUCCCAGUAAUGUAGUGCCAGAAUGUGAGAGAGUAAUUUGGCAGAGAAAAGAUGGUCCUGCUAUGGUAGUAAGCCAUUCAAAUAACAGUGGAAUGCCUUCUCCUUUUAAACAAAAUGACAGCUGUGCUUCCUCCAUGUCUGGUCACCCUGGCACAAAAGCUAUUGCGGUUGUGCCCCCAUUGUCGCAGGAAGAGUAUCACUCUCCAACCAGUAGUGAAACUUGUAAAUCUGUAGAUGAUGCACAGAAAAGCUGCAUUUCAACUGAUUUGUCAACAAUCAACGAGACUACAUUUGGAAGAGGGGUACCCAAUCAGAAUCAAGUGACCCCCAAAAAGGCAAACGCAAAUGAAGCUCUUUUAACAAUUUCGGACUCUGAGACUGAAAGCUUGGCUGAAACAUUAAUCCAGAAUGAUAAUGAACCAAUUGUUCAAAAGGUAUCCGAAGUUUCAGUAAGUGUAACCAGUUCUGGAGAGCACACUGAAGGGACUCUGCCUCAGUUACCAAAUUUUAAUGAACUUUCAUUGCUUCCAGCAAAAUCUUGGACUGCUGAGGCUCUGACCAAAUUGAUAUUGGAGAUGGAUGAAGCUCAACCCAAACCUAUAAACAAUUUAAAGUGUUCAAGUAUCAUCAAAAUAAUGAUGAUGCCCUGGAACAAAAACUGUGAGGUCAUUACUAACUACAAUAAAGACUGUCAGAAGUGUUUGCUCUCUGAGGUACAAGAAUUCUGUGAGACGCACAUCAAGCAGGACACUGUUGUACUGAAACAAGUUACCCCCGACUUUCAGGACCAACUCAAACGGUACAUUAUUCUUAAAGAUGAUGAAAUGCCCUCAGAGCCUCCUUACAAAUCUCUGUGGUUGAAUGUCAAUGAUCAGCUUGAUGACAUUGAUAAAGAGUUUGGCUUUCCUCUGGCCUUGAAGCGGCAUAUUGUUGUUGAGGAAACUGAAAGCCAGGGACACAAUUUCGAAGUGAUUGAUAACAUUCCUGAACCAACUGUGGAUGAGGCAGUAAACAAAGGUCUUUAUCCAGCCAAGUCUGAAUCGGUUGGCAUGGAGAAAGAGAGCCUAAUCUCCCAAUCCCCACCUGCUUCCUCUCAGGAGUCCUCAGACAAAAGUGUUGGUGAAUCGAGCUACUCCUUCAAAAUAGAAGUUUUGCCUCCAGAGGAAGCCAAACUCAUCUUUGAGCAAGUAAAUCCUAAGAACCAGAAAAGUUCCAGUUGUGAGAAAGAGACUGUCACUGGCUCUGGGAAGUGGGACGGAAUUGAAGACAUGGGUCCCACAUUAAAUAAUCUUAAAGUGAAGAAGUCUUUAGACAAUCAGCUCAAAGAGAUCUGCUGCCUUACAAGGUUUGUCGAAAUUAAUGCAGGAGUGAAACUACCGUCCAAAUGCAAAUGUGGCAGCAAAAAAAGAGCAAAUGAGAGCACCACCAAUACCCUUAAACUUGACCCUGACUUUUGCCAAGAGGAUGUUAAUUUUCCUCUUAGUAAUAUUAAACCUUCCAGUCACCUUAGUCAUAUUAUUGAUUUGACUGAUGAUGAUGACCAACUUCUUUCAUUAUUUGAUAACGAACCUGAGCCCAUUGUCCAGACCUGCAGCCAGUCAAAUGCUGUUGUUUGUGAGCUAAAGGACAAAGAGAUUUCUUCAGAAUUUUCUCUCCAAGAUUUGCAAAGUUUUGUAAUCAAGAAGAGAGAAACUGGAAUAGAACAUGUACAAGAAGAUGUGUUAAAAGAACCUGUGCAGUCGAGCAAUUCAGCCAGUUGUACCCAGCUAUCUACAGAGGAUUCUGACAACACAAGGACUAAAGAACCACAUUUGUUAUCGAACCAGGAAAAAGAGGAAGAUGCUCCUGUAACAUCCCACGGCAAUGUGAGGUCCCCUUCAGAAAACCAAACCAAAUUAGAAGUUAGUGAUGUAGACAAACGGAUGUUAAACAUUAGUGUUUGUAAAGCUCCAGAUGACAAAACAAAAGGCAAGAGACAAAAAAAGAAGAGACAAAGAAGUCUUGAACAUUAUUUUCACUCACUAAAAAAACCUAAGAUAUGUAGACUGCCGGUUGCCUCAGACUCAAAUCCCACCUCUGAAGCUCAGAAUUUGUUUUACAAGGAGAAAACUUUAGCACUAGUAUUAUUUGGACAGCAAGAGGCAAGUUCUUCUAAAAAAGACAAGUGCCUGGUUUCUUCUCCAAUAACUGCAUCUUAUGAGAAACACAAACCUCCUGGAGUUCUCUCUGUAAAAUUGGAUUCCUCAGGAAGGGACAUCACUACAGCCAAUACCACAAAGGACUGCUCUGUCAAACAGAAGAUCUAUGAAAAAUGGCGGAGGAGUGUUCCAACUAUAAAUAGUUCAGUUGCUACUCAGUCCAAAAAAAAGAUGAGAAGGCGACACAGUUUACCUGCUUCUUUGUCUAUUGAGAGGACUGAAGAGAAGAAGACAGUUUCCCCAGAACUGAGGCUCUCUGAUAGAACUAGGAAGUACAUUCUGAGUCUCAAGAAGAGGAGGGCCCUCACUGAAUGCCGUAGACGUGAAGAGAUAAAGAGGAGUUACAGUGUUACAAUUGAAAAGCCUGAACAUCAACAAGGAAGGGAGAUGGAUGAGGAAGGUGACAGGAUGGUAAACCGUGAUGGUAUAGUCUUGAAGUUCAGCGUCCUGCCCAACACCUUUAACUUCACGGCCGGGUCUUCUGAAAGGGAGAAAGCUGAAUCCAUUUCAGUUUGAAACCAGUAGAAAAGGUCCAUCAAGAACCUGCAAAAAAGCUAAAAGUGAGAACAUGGUAUUCAAGUGAAGCCAUGCAAUAUAGGCCUCUAUGUGUCCCCAAGAAUCCCGGCCUCUUUGAUGAGUAUCGGAAGAAAUACAAGGAGAAGACUCUCACAUCGACUGAUGAAUAAUCUGUUUUCUAUUUCACUUCUGUAUGUGGACUGCUAAUAUGUCUUUGUACUGUAUAUUCAGGGAGUAAAACUAUCAGUUUUAGAUUUUACAUAACUGAGAAUCACUGACCUCAUCUGUUUUCCUCUUUUCACAAGAUGUAAAUGUUAAAACUGAAAAUUUUGUGCAAUUAUAUUGUGUAUGCCUGAGUGGCCUACUGGUUUGUAAAAUUUACUUUGUUCAUUUCUUUUUUUUUUUUUACUUUUUUACCAAGUAACAUUUUUGUGCUUUUGGUUUUCUCUGAGACUAAUGGAAAAGUUACAAAAUUUGAAAACUUCCUUUUGAUUUAACUUUUUUACAUUUCUCUGUGCUUUAUAAAUAAAGUGUUUGACAAUGAUGCUGUGUAUAGU